AUGACACGCCGCACAUACAACAUCGCUAUGGUUAGCGACUUCUUCUUUCCACAACCAGGGGGCAUCGAAUCUCACAUCUAUCAACUCGCCACAAAGCUCGUCGACCGUGGCCACAAGGUCAUUAUCAUCACCCAUGCCUACGAUGACCGCAAAGGCAUCCGCUACCUUACCAACGGUGUCAAAGUCUACCACGUUCCCUUCCUAGUUAUCUACCGCGCCGCCACGUUUCCAACCGUCUUCUCAUUCUUUCCCAUCUUCAGAAACAUAUGUAUUCGUGAGAGAAUCGAGAUUGUGCAUGGUCAUGGAAGUCUUAGCAGUCUUUGUCAUGAGGCUAUUCUGCAUGCCCGUACGAUGGGUUUGAGAACGGUCUUUACCGAUCACUCGCUCUUUGGCUUCGCUGAUGCGGGUACUAUUCUCACUAACAAGCUCAUGAAAUUCAUUCUGAGUGAUGUUGAUCACAGUAUUUGUGUAAGCCAUACAUGCAAAGAAAACACAGUGCUUCGUGCAUCUCUUGACCCAGUCAUGGUCUCGGUGAUACCCAACGCUGUUGUCGCAGAAAACUUCCGUCCAAAGGAUGUUCCUGCAUUACCUUCACCCCUAGCGACAUCUUUCAAUCCUGAAGCACCGCUUUAUCCUCCGCCACAACGAAUUGGCCCUCGCGAUACCAUCACUAUCGUCGUCAUCUCUCGUCUCUUCUACAACAAGGGUACAGAUCUUCUUAUCGCCUCUAUUCCCCGCGUGCUUGAGAACCACCCAAACACACGUUUCAUCAUCGCAGGCUCUGGUCCUAAAGCCAUCGACCUAGAGCAAAUGAUCGAAACUAAUGUCCUUCAAGAUCGCGUGGAAAUGCUUGGUCCUAUUCGCCAUGAAGAAGUUCGCGAUGUCAUGGUUCGCGGGCACAUUUACCUCCAUCCAUCUCUCACCGAAGCCUUCGGCACCGUCAUUGUCGAAGCUGCCAGCUGUGGACUCUACGUUGUGUGUACCGCCGUUGGUGGUAUUCCAGAAGUCCUCCCCUCCCACAUGACAACCUUUGCCAAGCCAGAAGAAGAUGAUAUUGUUCUCGCCACAAGUAAAGCAAUCAGCGCCAUGCGCGCCGGCAAGAUCCGGACCGAAAAGUUCCACGAACAGGUCAAAAAGAUGUACUCAUGGCAAAACGUCGCCAUGCGCACAGAGCGUGUCUACGACGGCAUAUCAGGAACCAUCCCAGAGGACGAGUUCUACGGUGUUGAUACUUCAGGCUACGGCAGCCGCAUACGAAACUUCGCCCUCAUUGACCGUCUAAAACGCUACUACGGCUGCGGUAUCUGGGCUGGAAAGUUGUUCUGUCUUUGUUGUGUUGUGGAUUAUCUCUUCUUCUUGUUCCUCGAGUGGUGGUUUCCAAGGGAUAAUAUUGAUAUCUGUCCUGACUGGCCUCGCAAGCGGCCUGCCGAUGACGAUGCUAGCUCUAAAAAGGGCGUGCAGAGCAACCGGUCGAGCACAUCCCAAGGGGCCGCUAAACUAGAGUAA